ACAGUUAAAUUCCGCAAAUAGGUUAUGUUUGGUGUUUGUUUACAAAAAUUUCUGAUAAUUUUGCUUGAAUUUCUGGAUUAAUCCUGAAAAAUGUCCUACGAGUAUAUGGAUUUUAGUCAGAAGACUGACGAAAAUGAAGUAUAUCGUCGAAAAUUGAGGAAAAUUAAAAGAAGAAUUAAGGAAAUGGUCUAUGAAAAUGCAGCUCUGUGUGAUCAAGUGGCUCAACUGCAGGAUAAUAUAACAGUGGUCAAGGAGGAGCGAAGAUUUUUGCUGAAGAAACUAAUGGAAUUUGAACCACCGGAUCCGGAGAUGUUCAGGAACGCCAAUCAGGAGUACAUGAAGAAGCAGGGGAAAAAGAAGGAUGGAAGUGCUCCAGUGAAGGUAAAGGGCACAGGAAAACCCGGAAGACCGAGUUUAAAGAGUAAACAGUUGGCACAGCAACAGGCAGCAAAGUCCCAGCAGCCACAAAUGGUGGAGAUUACAAUUGAUGCAAAUGGGUAUCCCACUCAGUAUCCUUUCAGCGUUGGACAUCUCACCAUAGCAUCCCUGGGGGAGAUCAUUUUCGACAGACAAGGAUUCCAUACUGAGCAAUGGAUCUACCCAGUGGGCUAUACAGCAAUGAGGAUCUACGGAAGCAUAAGAGAUCCCCGCAAGAAAACAAUCUACACAUGCAAGAUUCUAGACGGUGGCACAGCUCCGAUUUUCGAAAUUACCAUUGAAGCCGAUCCGGAUAUCAUAAUCUCCGGCACAAGCCCAGAUUCCUGCCAUGCCACUCUUCUGCAGUACCUAAAUGGAGCAAUUGAUCUCCGGAAUAUGGCAAUGCGACCACAGGGAGAUUGGUUCUUUGGUCUCGCUCAUCCCACCAUUAUGACACUCAUUCAGAACUUCCCAAAUGCCAAGAAGUGCAUCCGUUUCCGUGGAUUUGAAAUGGUUGGCGGGGCAACGUACGCCCUUGACAAGGACAAUGAUCCAGCACUGAAUUUUGAGGCUCUUCAGCGCUACAUCGCCAUCUCAGCCUACCACACAGUCCCAGAAAUAAAGGAAGAGCCACCAGAUGAGCUGUUUGAACAGGAUGCCAUCGACAACUAUUUCAAGAAGUAAAUGGCCAGGUGCCCGUUUGGUAAGUUCCCGAAAUUUUUCUCACAAAAAAAAAACGCAAUUAGGUGUUAAUUGAACGGGCACUUGCCGAGGGAUUCCGUUAAUGCGGCACAAAUGAGCCGCGGAAGAAAUAUCAAUAGGCAUUUUAUUCGGCAAUCUCGCAUUCUGCUGCCCGUGGGAGCAGCUCUGAAAUUCCAUCAUUCAUCUGGAGAUUUUAAUCAUUUUGUGUGAAGUGCUUACUUUUUAAUAAAUUAAAAAAUAAAAAUAAUAACGUGAAGUUUUAUUUAAAUAAAAGUCAAUUUCUCCU